AUGUUACCCGGCAAAGACCUCAAAUCAGAUAACUUCCUCAUUGCCUCCGAAGACCCCGCCACUCUUGAAAACUAUAUCCGUGACCAAGAAGCCAACCCUCCAAAUGAAAUGUCUGCAGGCCGUCCUAUCUUCGAGUCACGGCCUGACUUUGGUCCUUUAAAGAAGGGGGUGAGACAGGUCAAAAUCAGCGACUUCAGUGCUGCGGUUUUUGGAAAUGGUCCGGUUUCGCACAGAAAUGAUAUUCAGCCGUAG